AAUCCCCACCCAAGGGGGGCAAAGCUCUUUCUACCUGGGUCCAGGUGCGGUCCGCUCUGCCUCUCCGGGUGGCUCCGAGGGCAGAAUGGAGUGGACGCAGGAGGCCUCGGGAGGAGGUCAAGCCGAGGCUGACAUCCCAAAGGAGCUCUCGGGAAGCCAGAUCCCGGGGCUAGAUCAGCCGCAGGUCCCGGUGGAGACGCAACAGGCCGAGAGUCCCGAAAGCAGCCCGAGACCGACCCGGGCCGUGAAGGAGGCGGCGGGCGCGGGCCAGGACCUCCCAGACGGGAAGAAGCUGCCUCCGUCUCGCCCCGGGCCCCUGAGGGUGCCGCCACUCAGCCUGGGCUACGGUGCCUUCCGCCGCCUGGGGUCAGCCAGCCGGGAGCCGCCGUCGCCUGGCCCCUCCUCGGCCGAACAGCCCCCGGUCGGCGAGGCAGCAGGACCCGAGUUGUUGCCCUGGUCCGCCCCUGGCGAGCAGGCGCCCGGCACUUGGGCCCCGAUGGAACUGCAGGUGGACGUGCGCGUGAAGUCGGUGGGCGCGGCCACCGGCAGUCGCGCGCCCUCGCCGGCGCCCUCCACGCGCUUCCUCACGGUGCCGGUCCCGGAGUCCCCUGCCUUCUCCCGCCGCUCCUGCACCCUGCAGCGAGCUCCGUCUCCGGGAGGCACGUUGGGCCGCUGCUCGCCGCUGGCGGCAGCCCCGACCGAGCGUGACCACUACGUGGAGGGCCAAGACAACGCAGCCGGAGGGCGCUCGGGCUCCCCGGGCUCCCCGGGCUCCCCGGGCUCUCCAACGUGCCGUUGCCGCUGCCAGGAGCGAGGACUGGAAAGGGAGGAUGCCGCGCUGCUGCAGCGCGCUGGGAUAGAUGGCAAAAAACUGCCCCGGGCGAUCACACUCAUAGGGCUGCCUAUGUACAUGAAGUCUCUGCGCUGGGCCCUGGCAGUCUUGGCGGUGCUCCUGGCGAGCUCCACGGUGGCCAUUGUGGCCCUGGCCUCUAGAGCGGGAGCCAGGUGCCGGCCGUGCCCGCAGGGCUGGAUGUGGUCGGAGGAGCACUGUUACUACCUCUCUUCGGAAGCACAGGACUGGGAGGCCAGCCAGGCUUUCUGCUUGGCCCACCAUGCUACCCUGCCCCUGCUGAGCCACACCCAGGACUUCCUGAGCAGACACCUGGUCAACAGACGUUCCUGGGUAGGGGCCCGGCGAGGCCCCCGGGGCUGGCACUGGAUUGAUGGGGCCCCCUUGGCACCCCAGCUGCUUCCAGAGGAAGAUGAGGACAACCCAGGUCUCGGCUGCGGGGCCCUGGAGGAAGGCCAACUUGUGGCUCUGGACUGCAGCUCGCCCAGACCCUGGGUCUGUGCCAGGGAGACCAAGUGACUUGGGUUCCACCUGUGCUCAGCCUGUGGGGGCCAAGCUUCCUCAUACCACCCACUCUUCCAGACCUGAGGAAGGAGCCGGUCGACAACCACAGGUGAUUCCAGUCUGGGUUCUCUCUAGCCCACUGAAAUGAGUCUUGCAAGUAUUGUGGCAGAGGGACUUGGCCUCAUGGCUCAGGUUCCAUUUCCAGGCAGCUGAUGUAUACUGACAGGUGACCAGCCACCUCUGUGGACAAUGCACAGGAAAACACGUGGGUGGCCCUGGAGGAGGGCAGGGGAGCUCUCCUUCCCCCCUGCAAGCUGGCGGAGGACUGGACAGAAAGGGUCUGCUUGGAGAUCCUGCACGUGGGGCUGGCAGGGGCCCCAGCAAGCCAAUGCCCAAGGUUGGGAGGAAGCAAUGGGCCGCCGGGUGGGUGAGGCUGAGAGCUCCUGGCUUGGUGGGCACAUGUUGCCCAAGUGAGGAAGGAACUCAGAGAAGUGUGGGCAGAUUGGGGACAGCUCUUCCUCAGCUGUGGGGACAACCACCUGAAGAUGUGUUAGGGUUCAGUGAAGCCUUUGGGCUAGCGGGAGAGCGAGAGGCUGGGCUGGAAGGGAGUGUGCAGUCUUGCAAAUCUGCCCACACCUCUCCAAACCACUGGAGUCUCAAAGCCACAUGAGCGAAACGACCGUGCUGUGCAAACCAGCCUUCUCUGCUUAAAGACAGACCAUCGGGCAGGAAAGCCUUUGUUGUGCAUUUGAACCAAUAACUGCUAUGGGCUGUCUGGGAGAAGGGGACGGACAGUCUUGGAUGGUGGAAAUUUCCCAGCCGCUUGGGAAAUUCUGGCAGUUCGCUCAGUCAGGUAUGUCGGACUCCAAAGGGCACACUCCUGCCUCUCCAGCACACUACAGAGAAAACCAAGAUGCCAGUGGCCACUGAGGGGGAAAGCCAUCAGGUGGAUUGAGGGAGAAAGGGGGUCCCGAGUUAUUUCACCCACUGCUUCUGUUAUGUUUUGCUCUGGGUGGUAUUGGUUCAAGCCCUGGCGUGACCAAAAGUUCCAAAGUGUUCUUGCUCACUUGGCUAAAGCAUGGUGCUGCCCCCUAGUGGGGGCCUUGGCACUCCCGCACAUGCACCUCCUCCACAAGGCUGCUUGGGCUUCCUCUUGGAGUGGCAACUCCAAGAAGGACUGUUCCCCAAGAAGGGACAGCAUGAGCUAGAUCUCCUGAGGGCAGCCGUGGAAGUCACCCAGAGUCCCAUGGGCCAUAUUUUAUUGACCUAAAUUUUAAAAAGGCCAGUCAACUUCUAGCUGAAGAGAAAAGAGCUACAUCUCUCUACAAACUUUUGGCCAUACUCACCACCCUUUGGUAUAAAAAUGGAGCCUUGACUUGCUUUUUAUCAGAAAGAAAUUUCCUCAGCCCAAGUGUGUGGGCCUGUCGUGGUUUGUUCUGUGUCUGGCUCCAAACUGGAUAAUUUUGGAUCAUAAUAAAAACUAUUUUUAAACCUUGUGGGACUUUUGAAUCCAACCAGAUAAUUAUUAAUGUGCAGCUUUGCUUACAGAAAAGAAAAAUCCCUAAAAUACAGAGGUACACCUCUCUCUCUCUCUCUCUCUCUCUCUCUCUCUCUCUCUCUCUCUCUUUCUCUCUCUCUCUCUCUCUCUCUCUCUGUCUCAAACACACACUGGAAAACAGAAUUAUUUCCAUUAGGGAAAUAAAGGACAUUGACCAUGGUCACUAUUAUUUAAUAUUGUCCCAAGGAUAAAAGUGAAGGCAGUUAAAAAGUGGAAGGAAAUUUGAGCACAAUCUGGAAAGCAGCAGGUAAAAUCACCAUUAUUUGCAGAUGGCAUGAUGAUCUGGAAAACUCAAGACUAUCAGAAAAUGAGUACUAACAGGAGAUAAGGUCUCUGGGUUCAAAAUUAAAGUAUAGAAGCCAUGGUAUUCCACCUCACCUGGUUCUUCUAUGAAUAGUAUGCUACGAAUAUCCCUAAUACAUGGUGACAAAGCAAAUCAAAGUUUCCUGGUAGAGACUCUUCUAGGGGUGAAUGAGAAGGGUCCAGGAACUUUGAUUAGUAGAGAUUACAUGGUUACACUUAGUUGUCAAAGCUCAUCAGACCAAACUCAAAAUGAAUAUAUUGUAUAUAACUUGUACUUCAAAUAGAUUGAUUUUGGAGCAUACUGAUAAUAGGACCUUCACCAUAAUUGUUUUUUUCAUAGUCAUGUUUAUUUUAUGAUUUAAAAAAAUAUAAUUCUGCACCAGGUAUUAUAUGUUGCUUGCUUGUAAUCCCAGCAACUCCAGAGGCUGAGGCAGGAGGAUCACAAGUUUGAGGCCAGCCUCCACAGCUUAGUGAGACCCUGUCUCAAAAUUUAAAAAUCUUAGGAAGGACCAUGGAUGUAGGUAGCUCUGUGGUAAAGCACCCCUAGAUUCAAUCCCCAGUACCUCUAAAUAAAUGCAUAAAUAAUUCUAAAAAGGAAUCUAUGGCACAGAAAAGCUCAAAAAUCUGUUUGAUGGAGGAUGUGAUGGAUCUUUUGUCCAUGCAUUUCUUCUUUAUCUCUGAUGCAUUCUGAGUAUUUUCCUCAGAUUUAUCUUCUAGUUCAUGUAACUCUCUUCAACUAUUUCUAAUUUAUGUAACUUGCCUGCUCAGUUUUUUAGGCCCAGACUGCAUCUUUUGUUUGCAGAAAUUCUAUUUGGUCCUUUUAAAACUCUGAAUGGCCUCUUUUCAUAGUGUGUUUUUCUAAAUCUCAGCAUUUGUCUGUCUUUAAUCUUCUUUAUAGUAGGCUCAUCUUUUUAUGUAUUUAUUUAUUUUUGGCACUGGGGAUUAAUGAACACAGUGGCGCUUUGUCACCAAGCUACAUCCCUAUUCCUUUAAUUUUUUGUUUUUUUAAAAAAAAUUUUUAGUUGUCAGUGGACCUUUAUAUUUAUUUAUAUGUGGUGCUGAGAAUCCAACCCAGCGCCUCACACAUGCUA